UGUCAAAGCGAGGUUCAUGGGAGCCAUUCAUGCAUUUAUGAUAAAACCACAGUGUGCAUAGCACUGCAUCGCAAUUUCUCCACUGGAACGGCACCAUAGAGGGAACCUCCAGCACUGAUAGCCUUCUCCAGUGAUCGCAUUGUUUAACUCAUGAAGUAAUAUUAAUGCUUCUUUAAUUUUUAAAGUAUUGUGCUCAGAAAUUACACAAACAUUGUCUGCUGAUAAUACAACUGGUCACAUUGAUUGCAGUAUUGCCUACAACGUACAGCAAACUCUUUGGUUUGAAAAUUAGGUGGGCCUAGAAUAAAUAAAUUAGAUAAUUCAAUAUGGCGUUGCUAACACUAGUCCAUCUUCCCGGCAAUGGGAUCGCUUCAAACGUUAUGUAUUACUUCUGCUGUUUAGUUACUGAACUUUUAAAUUGUAUCUCUGUAUUUAUCUGGUUAAUACCUUUGACUAAUGCUUUGGAUGAGCGUAGAUGGAAAGGCCAUGUUGCCUCAUUAAUAAAUAGCAUUUCUCUCUGACGGGGAAUGGCUUGAUUUAUUUCUCAAAUGCUCGGGUCAUUCUUUGUACAACAUAACACCCGUGAAGACCUAGCUCUAGAUGCAAAAUUCCUCACUACCACUCGACUGCGUCAGGCCAUCACUUUGUCUUGGAUGUAAACAUGUCUUGUAUGCAUGUUGUAAUUUGCCCUCCAUACUUAUCAACGUUUGUUUGGUCUGGAGUUUUUUUUCCCUUCAAUCUUGUGUUUAGAAACAGGAAUUAAAUCUGUUGUUUACUGUGUGACUGUGGAUGUUCAUGCUGUUCCCUCACAUAAUAACACAAAGCUGUGAUUUCUAUGGACAAAGGGCAGCAGUAUGUGACAAGACUGCAGAAGCCACUGCUGAAUAAACUGUCUGCUUGCUGCUUCCAGAGUCAUUCGCCAACAACUUGCCACAGACACUCCAGAGAUAUAAAUACAAAUAAUUAGCAUUAUCCUCUCCCGGUCCCUGGGCAACAGAGGGGUAACAACCCAGCUCAUGACAUACAAGUCAUUCUCACCCCUUAGAUCACACUUAAUGCUGGACAAGUGUUAAAAUGAAUCAGCCGGGUAUAUAAAGUGUGUGAGUGGAGCUUUACAGAUGCCAAAGCAGCAUUUUCCUCAGUUCACUUUCAGCUGCUGUCCAGGUCAUCAAUCUAGACUUGUUUGUCAGGGUGGAGCUACAGGCUUUGCAGUUUCAACAUCCUUCUCCUUCACUCUGAGCUUAUUUUCUAGGAUAUGGGUGAACCAAAUAAAAUAUUAUCCCGUCCCAUUUUCCGCCGAGAUGUGGGCUGGGAUCCUUUCCCAAACUGGACACAGCCGAGUCGCAUCUUUGCGCAGGAUUUUGGCCUCCCUCCAUUCCUAGAGCCCAGCGAUCUGGACUGGAUAGACUGGGCGAAGAAGAGACUGGCUUCUUUCUCCUGGCCUGGGUACACUCAAACUCCCCAUCUGCCUCCAUUCAGUGGUCAGCACCCUGCGGCGUUGAACCAAAAGGGUCUGAGACAACUGACAAGUGGAGUGUCAGAGAUCCGAACAGGGCAGGACAGCUGGAAGAUUAACCUGGACGUCAAUCACUUCUCGCCUGAGGAAAUUACUAUCACAACCAAGGAGGGUUAUCUGCAAAUAUCAGGAAAUCAUGAAGAAAGGCAGGAUGAGCAUGGAUUGGUUUCCCGGUGCUUCACCCGGAAAUACAAGCUACCACAGGGGGUGGACUUGCAGCACAUCAGUUCCUCUCUGUCUGGAGAUGGAGUUCUGUCUGUAGAGGCCCCCGCCCCGCCUGGGACCUCCAUCAGCAACCCAUCAAAUGAAAUUGUCAUACCCGUUCAGACCAGACAGAUGCAGGAUGGUGAAAAGGGAAACCAGUAAGCAGAAUUUGAAACUACAAUCAGUUGUAGCCCAAGUUGUGUAGCAACCUGUGCACUGGCAUAAGUAAGUUUGUUACAGCUUAUUAAAUGUCAUCUGUAACAACAAGCUUGUUUUCCUGCCAUAAGAUACUGUCAAAUACACAAAAUACACAAAAUGCACUGUCACCAGUACAAUUACUUCUGGUUGUUCAAUGUUAAAGGUGGACUCAAUAUAACACAGACUUUGAAAAUAAGGAAUUAUUUUUCCUUGUCAGCACUAAGCAUGACCUUGCAUUUCUAACAACAUACCAUCACCUUUCCAUGCACUUCCAAUGUCUUCAUUAUAUAUAAAAAAGACAUGUUAAUAGCUGUAGUUGUGACCUUGCAUGACCUAAGGGACUGUGGAAAUUAUGGCUGACAAUACUGGCCAAGAAUGGACAGUGCACUACUGGUUUACUUGUCCUGGAUAGUAAUUGACUAUUUGUAUCUAAGCAGCUUAUUUACUGUCCAUCAAAUAGUGCUUCUGUGUAACAGGGCAACAUAAUAGAAGACGUAUAAUUAAUUUUGUUUUGCUUUUGAGGAAGAGAAACAUUGUAGAAGUUGUAAUGUUUGUAAUGAAAGUUGUGUGUAAGUAUAAGAUGUAAUUAAUGACCAGUCUAAUGAAACUGUCCUGACAUCCUAUAAUGUUCCACAAAUGUAACAGCUUCUGAUAAAUUAAAAACAUCAUUUUCUCUUU